AAAGACAAGAUGGGAAAGAAGGUAAACUACCACGAUCUUUCUUCGACAUGGUAAAUAAUUUGGGAUUGACGGAUGUUUGGAGGUUUAAAAACCCUACUGCAAAACAAUUCACCUUUUUUUCAAAUCCGAAUCAGAGCUGGGGAGGAUAGACAGUAUUUGGGUCUCGAGGGAAUUGGUACAGAAUUUAAUUAAGUCUGAAAUUUGGCCUCGAACUUUAUCUGAUCAUAGUGCGGUUUCCAUGGAGUUAAAAGGUAGAGAGGUUAAAACAGCCAGAUGGAGAAUGAAUGAAUAUUUAUUCAAUGAUCAAAGGAUAGUAAAUAAGGCUAUAGAAACAAUUGAAGAAUACUUUAGGUGGAAUUUAAAUGGAGAAACUUCCAUAGAGAUGGUGUGGGACGCAGGAAAAGCGGUCAUGAGGGGUUUUUUGAUUCAGAAAAAUACCCAAUUAAGAAAAGAAAAAGAAAAAAAGAAAGAGCAGAUUUUAAUACAGAUUAUGGAAAAUGAAAGAAAAUUAACUGUUAACCCUAGUGAAGAGAGUUUAAAACAGAACUUAAAAAUACUACAAGCUAAAUUUGCUACAAUAAUUAACCAAGAGAUAGAGUGGAAAAUUAAAAGGAUGAAUCAAAAGAACUUUGAGUCCGCAAAUAAGAUAGGGAAAUAUCUAGCGUGGCAGUUGAGAGAAAGGAAGAAGUUGAAUACGAUCAGUAAAAUAAAAGAAGGAGAUAUGAUUAUGGAAGAACCAAAAGAAAUAAAAAGAAUAUUCCAAAGAUAUUAUAAGGAUUUGUACAAAAGAGGAGAGGAAACAGAACAAGAAAUAGAUCAAUUUCUGCAAAAACACCAUCUGGAACAAAUUGUAGAAGAUGAAAGAGCAGCACUAGAUGAGAUAAUAACACAGGAAGAGAUAAAAAAGGCUAUUAAAAAGAUGAAAGCUGAGAAGGCGCCGGGACCGGACGGCCUUCCGGCCAAAUAUUAUAAAACAUUAAUUAACCAAAUAUCACCAGUGCUGGGAGAGGUUAUGAACAAUAUAUUGAGAGAAGGAAAGAUACCUAAUACCUGGAAGGAAGCCUAUGUUAUAUUGAUCCCUAAAAAAGAGGUGGACACUAUGGAAGUAAAGAACUAUAGGCCAAUCUCAUUAUUAAAUAAUGAUUAUAAGCUAUUUGCAGACAUAAUGGCGGAAAGAUUAAAGAAGGUCUUGAUUAAUAAAAUUCAUGGUGAUCAAACAGGAUUUCUCCCAGGGAGACAAUCACGGGAUAAUGUAAGGAAUUUGAUUGACAUUAUUGAAUACCUGGACAUGAAAAUAGACAGAAAAGCCGCACUGGUUUUCAUAGACGCCGAAAAGGCAUUUGAUAAUGUUUCCUGGAACUUCCUAAAGAAGGCUUUGGAAAGGAUGGGAAUUGGCGAAAAAUUUAGAAGAGGCAUAGAAGCAAUAUACAAAGAACAGAAAGCAAAGCUGGUGAUAAACAACAAUACAACAGAAUAUUUUAACAUUUAUAAAGGGACCAGACAAGGUUGCCCCUGUCCCCCUUAUUAUUUAUUGUAAUUUUGGAAGUACUUAAUAAGAGACUGAGGGAGGCAACAGAAGUGAAAGGAAUUAGAGUAGGAAAGAAGGAAUUCAAAAUUAAAGCCUUUGCCGACGAUAUUGUUUUGACUUUGGAAGAUCCACAAGAUAGUGUAAAAGAAGCAUUACAAAAAUUGAGGAAUUUGGAGAGGUGGCAGGUUUUAAGGUAAACAAGAAUAAAACUAAAAUGCUGGUUAAAAAUCUAACUAAGGAAGAAACGAAAGAUCUAGAACAAAAAGUGGAAAUCAUGGUGGUGAAAAAAGUGAAAUAUUUGGGAGUGUGGAUUACGGCAAAAACAUAAACCUAUAUAAAGAUAAUUAUGAAGUUACAUGGAAAAAAAUAAAGAAAGAUCUGGAAAUAUGGGGAGGAUGAAAUUUUCCUUUUUAGGGAAGAUAGCAGUGGUUAAAAUGAAUGUUUUGCCGAGGAUGUUGUUUUUAUUUCAA